AUGAAAACCAAGCUCAUUCAGAAAAUCACUUCCAACAAUUUCGAUUUGAGUGGAGCCUGUGCUGCCUUUCAUAAUUUAUUUGCCAUUCAUCACUUCAGCAACGAAAAUAAUAGGUUGGAAAUAUUUGCUAUUGCUAAUGAUGAAGGAAGUCUAUCCGUUGCUGAUGAAAAAAAGAGUGCUAGCUCCGAUGAUGAUCAUCAAGCUGUACAUUUAGGCGAAUCAAAGAGCAGUACCAGUUCUCAAAAACUGUAUGAAUUGGAUGAAGUAAAAUCAUUCUGUGUGGUUCCUCUUUCAACUUUAUUUGAAGAACGAAAUUUAGUAAUUUGUAUUAUGAACGAUAAUUCAAAGAAAUUAAUUUAUAUUUCAAAAUUUGUAAAAGCUGGAGAAUAUGUAGUGAAAGCAAUGGAAAAUCAGCUUCCUUCAUUUAUCAACGAUUCUCUUGAUGCGGAUUGCUUGAUGAGUUCAUGCUCUUCUGGAUAUUUCUGUUAUUACUCGCCUUCUCAACAUUUAUUACAAAUUUUCAAACUCAAUAUUUUAAAUCAGCAGCAAUUAACAUUUGAUAAAAGCGCUGAUAUUGACAUUUUCUCAAAGAAAGCAUAUAGCUUACAAUUAACUCAUUCGCAUGUUGUGCUAGGCCAGCUUAAUUCAAUCCAAGUUUGUGAUUGGAAAUAUCAACAAAUGAAGCUAAAUAGUGGAGACACUGCUUCAUCCAUGACAACGUCCAAAGCCACAGGAAGAAUUAUUUAUUUACCCAAAAUUACAAAGACAACCAAAAAGAAAGCCAAGCAAGGAACUGUUACAGAGAAGAACGGACUUUUGGUUCCCAAGAAGGAAGAGUCUGAUGCGGGCGAAGGAAAAACCGAGCAAGCUGCAUCUUCCAUAAAAAAGCCUACAUCCACUACUGGCUCAGAACAGGAAACAAUUUCAACUAUAAGCAAGCAACGUGAUGAAAAGGUAAAAUCAGUGAAAAGUCUCAGUAAUAACUCUUUCAUCAUUCUAUCGAGCUUGGGAAAUCUCUACUUUUUAAAUUGCAGCAAAGAAGAUGGAGAUGUUUUUGUUAAACUCUCUCUACCCAUAGUCAAUGACAAGCUUUCCAAGAUUUCUUCAUUUGAUGUAAUGAGCAAUCAACUAGAAUCGCUCUACAACACGUCCAUUUCAUCCCUUCUCGUCCUAGCAUUUGACAACUCGGAGAGCAUUGUCAUGACAUCCUUAAAAUCAUUUUACUCUCUUCAGCAAUUCAAACAGCCUCAAUCCAAAGAACCAGGUGUGGUUGAUAUUGGAAUCGAUAGCACCUUUAAUUUAACAGAUGCACCGACAAAAAAGAAAUUUGCAUGUAUCAAAUAA